AGCGAGCGGGAGAGGGAGGCGUUGCGGCAGGCGGUGGAGGAGAGGGAGGCGGUGGUGGCGAGGCAGCGGCAGGACCUGGCACGCGUGGAGGCGGACAGAGACAGGCUGCUCGCCACAAACCAGGCGCUGGAGGCGGCAGCCCAGAGCGCAGACGCCACCAGGUCGUCGCUACUGGAGGAGGCGAACGAGGCGCUGGCAGCCACCAGGCAGGCGCUGCAGCACCACAAGGACCAGCUGCUCAGGGUGGUGGCGGAGGGAGCGCAGGAGAGGGCAGCAGCGGUGGAGGCGGUGAGGGAGGAGAUGCGGCAGCAGCGGGCGGCGCUGGAGGCAGAGGCGGCGGACAAGGAGAGGCACCUCACAGCUGCUCUCACUGCCCUCGCCCAGAGGGCAACGGAGGCAGAGAGGGAGGCUGCGCAGCGAGAGGAGAAGCUGAUGCAAGAGAUAGCGGCUCUCAAGAAUCGGUGCCAGCUGGCGGAGACAGCUCAUGGUGACGUCAGCACGCACAUCACAGCAGCGACUCAACCUCUUUUGAGGCAGGUGGAGGGCAUGGCUGCGCAGGUGAGGCGGAUGGAGCAGGAGGAGGAGCAGCGCGAGCGUGUGCACGAGCAGCAGCAGCAGCAGUGGGAGCAGCGCUGGCGCCACGCAGAGGACGGGCGCAGGCGGGCGGAGGAGAGGGCGGGGCAAGCGGAGAGGGGGGCAGCUGAGGCAGUGAGGGGUCGGGAGGAGGCAGAGAGGCAGGCCCAGGCUGCAGUGAAGCGACUGCAGGAGUUGCAGCAGCAGCAAGAGGAACUGCGGGAGGCAGCGCAGGCAGCGGGGGAAAGGGAGGGCAUCGCAGAGCAUGCGAGAGCCGAGGCGGCAGCAGCGCUGCAGGCGGCACGCAGCAGUGGGCAGGCGGCAGGGGGCGGUGAGGGGCUGGCGGGCAACAGCAGGGCAGGCGGGGCAGGGGGUAGUGUGAGAGGUGGGACGGGGGGAGCAAGCACGGUGGAAGUGGGAGGGGCGAGGGCGGGGGAGGGGUUGGGAGGCAGUGCAGUGCGGCUGGGAGACCUGGACGUGGGCGGGUGGGGCAUGGCAGCAGGCGGUGUGGGCUUGGAGCGACUGCGCGCCAAAGUAAGGUGGGCAUACUGUGUGCUGGGCUUCCUUCCCUCUCCCUCUUCCCCACCGCCUCUCACGCCCUCUCUGCUGUGCUUGUCUCUCAAGAUGUAUUUGAUGCACUCACAGCUCGACCCCUUUUCAUGCCGCCCCCCCUCCCACCGAGCGGGCAGGCAGCAGGAGGGGGAGGUGCGGCAGCUGCAGCGGGAGGUGCAGGAGGCGCGUGCAGCCAGAGACACCACGGCGGACGAGCUGCUCACCGUCUCACAGCGCCUGCUCGCGCUCGAAAAGGAGCGAGUGGCGGUGCCAGCACUGGAAGCGGAGCUGGCGCAGCUGAGGGCGCGGCACGAGGUGGCGCUGGUGAUGGUGGGCGAGCGCAACGAGCGCGUGGAGGAGCUCGAGGCUGACCUGGCGGACGUGAGGGCGCUCUACAAGGAGCAGGUCGCGCUGCUCGCCGCCCAGGUGGACCCAGCCAAGUGGCCGCAGGGCUACCGCAUCUGCCUCUUCUGCCCGCACUGCGCCAAGACGCAGCGCUCCCACCCCAAGUAG